AUGAGCCUUACCAAUCCACUCGAGGAAAGUCGCCUUGGCUUGCCCCGUUCCGUAAGCUGGCACACGCUGGCUGGCCUCUCCACGGAGCCAAUUUUCCGCACAGCUGACGCAGCAGAGACGAAGUUGUCGCCAUCAGGUGAUUGUUCUUUUUUGUUGUCCAACCACCCUCACAUUCUGGUCGUUUUAGCUGGUGAAGGCAAAGUAAUUAGUCGCCCCUCCCCCCUCCCCGACCUAGUCGGAUUUGAGGCCUCGGGCGGGCUGGAGUCAGUUCACUCAAACGGAAACGAGACUGCCGUUCACCGAUCUGCAGAGCGAUGUUUGUAA